AUGCCUUCCGCACAACCUACAUGUGCCGCGCGGAUUGUCCGCAACAAUUUCCUGAAAUAUGGAUGGGGGGCAACGCUGAGCAAAGAGACGAACGACAUGGUGGCUAGAAUUAAGGAGGACGCGGGGGGUAUGUAUCAGAUGCAGAUUUCAAGAGACAGGCCUAUAUCUUCGAAAAGUCUUAGGCCGGCACUGUUCUGGGAACACCGUCAUCUGGCCGAUCAGAAAACCCUUUCUACGCCGCAAAUCGACGAUGAUCUUGAAUGCGACCUCUUUUCUGUAGAUGAGGACCCAUUCGAGAAAGCACUCGAUGCAAUCCGGAAAUCGGUCCCAGACAACUUUCAGGGUGUCCAGAUGCACCCUAUGUUCGGCCCUAUGCGAAAUCGCCCUUAUACUAUUUGGCCCAUUCGCAUGGAUGGAGUCUGGGUGACUGUUAUUUUGCAGAUCGAGACACGCAGAGUUGACAUUCCAACGUCAAUCGACGACGUAUAUCUUGACCGAAUAGUCUCUAACUUUGUCGUAAUCGACCCUGUUUUGAAAGGCAGGGAUUGUCGAUUGGAAAUUCUUGAAGACCGACUUCCACGAAUUCUUCUUGAGGGCUGCAUUGAAUUACUAUUCUAUGAGAGAACUGAGAGCUUCCUCAAGACCGAUAUUGAGGAGAAAUGGGCGACAGGGCUGGUUUCGUACGCGAUGUCUCGGGAGUUUAUCCGUCGAUUAAGAGUUUUGCUUUAUCGAAAAGGGUCAACUUCGAGUGACUUCCUCUGGGACGAGUUUGAGGAAGAUCUCGACUUUGAUGUGUACCGACAGUUGCUUAUGGCUGCCUGUGCAAAUCAAACGAUCGAGAAGUCCGGGCACAAUGUUCGCUUGGCAAUCGAGGUGCCUAGCGCAAAGUCGGAACAUAACCCUGAUGCUUUGCUCCGCACGAGUGCUAAUGAACCUGAUGAGGAGUAUAAGAAGAAGCACUACACGGUUCGAAACGUACUCGUUAAAGUACCCGUCAAAGUACCUAAUGCGGGUCCCGAUAUUUUAUAUGGUCUCCCUCAGGUACCUCCUAGCAAAGGGCCGCUGGCUCAGGUAAUUGCGAAAGGACCUCAACUAACGCAUGGAACGAAUCCUGUCCAGGUUCCCGUAGGCGCUGCAAACACGCAAAAUGCGUUACCAGUGAAGCACGGAUUAGAUGAUGAUGAUGAUGAUGAUGAUGAUGACGAUGGGGAGUCUUCAAAGCGACAACGGACAGAGUAG